GCAUAAACAACUUUUCUAGUUCCUUCCUAGCGUAACGGAACUGCAAUGAAUACUCCGGUGAAUGGUCCUGCCCCCGCCGGCGAUGAUGAUGAACUUGAGGAAUUUUCAGACGACUUCAAAUGUUGCGUGUGCUUGGAUCUCAUCUACAAGCCAGUUGUAUUGGCAUGCGGCCACAUUUCAUGUUUUUGGUGUGUCUUCGAAGCUAUGGACACUUGUCAGGAAUCUCGCUGCCCUGUUUGUCGACAUGCGUAUUAUCAUUUUCCUAGUAUAUGUUGGCUGCUUCACUUUGUGCUGCUGAAGUUGUAUCCUGAUGCUUAUCGAAGAAGGGAAAGUCAGGUGACAGAGGAGGAAAAGAUCAAUGGAACCUUCUCGCCACAGUUUGAAAACCAUCUAGCUGUAUCACAUUGUAAUGAACAAAUGCCAUUACAAUGGCAUGCUACGGGACAAGGUGAAGAUUGUUCAGUUAGGGGAUCAUUGGAACCUGCUCUGUCUGAUAACAAUUGUACUACAGGAAGCCCUACAAGUUCGAGUGAUAAAAUCACAAAAAAUGUGACUGUAGAAGGAAAUUUGCUAAGUGGAAAUGAAUAUGUUGACAGCCAGCCAGCAAAGCAGGUGCCCAUCACCGAUUUACUUUGUGCAAUAUGUAAAGAACUUCUCUGUCGACCUGUGGUACUUAACUGUGGUCACGUAUUUUGUGAAGCGUGUAUUAUCGAUUCAUGCAAUGAGCCAUGUAGAUGCCCAGUGUGUCGAAGCAUGCAUCCAAACGGGUUUCCAAAAGUCUGUCUGGUUCUUGAGGGUUUUUUGGCGCAGCAUGUUUCAGAAGAAUAUGCUGCAAGAAAAGUGGCUAUUGACAAGCCCAUAACUUGUGAGCAAGGAAGCUCAUCAACAGUCUCAACACAAGUUCCACAAGAUUCUCAAUCUGUACCUAUGAAUGACUACUUGUGUAGUCCAGACAGCAAGGUUCACUUCGGAGUUGGUUGCGACUGCUGCGGGAUGUAUCCGCUGAUCGGAGAUCGGUACAGAUGCAAAGAUUGUUUUGAAGAAGUUGGGUUCGACCUAUGCGAAGAUUGCUACAACAGUUCCUCUAAUCUUCCCGGAAGAUUCAAUCAACAGCAUAAACCAGAUCAUGAGUUUGAGGUCAAGGAACCCAAGCCUAUGAUCAUCCUAUCUACUGGUUUCGCUUCCGACUGGCACGACCCCGAACCUCCUCCCACAAACGAUACAUUCGGUGAUCGAGACGGCAUUGGACCGACGUAAUAACCACCAUCCUCAGCUGAAUGGGGCAUCUUUUUCCAUACUUGUAAUGGUGUUGAGCUUCAUGAAAAGCUUCUGUAUUCUGCAUCCAUUCAUCAUAAUCUGUCUCAUAUCUUUAGAACUUUCCAUGUUUGGCUAUGUGUCAUAUGGAUGAUUAUGAUGCUUCAUGGUC